CAUCACUUGAUAAACAGACUCACUGAACAGCACGAGCCUGUUUGCCUUCGCUAUAUAAAGCAGCAGAGACGUUGACAAGCAGAUAUUGGCUUGUGAGGACUACGCGAGCAGCAGCCAUCCACACGCCAAGCUUAGACAGAAUGCCGGGCAUGUUCUUCUCUGCUACGCCGAAGGAACUGAAAGGAACUGACCGUUCACUUCUAGACGACAAAACACACAAAAGGAGGCCAAAGACUUUUGGAAUGGACGUGAAAGCGUAUCUGAGAUCUGUGAUCCCCCAUCUGGAAUCUGGAAUGAAGACCUCCAAGUCUAAGGACAUACUCUCUGCUGAUGAAGUACUGCAGUGGUCUCACUCUCUGGAAAAACUUCUCUCCGACCCAACUGGUCGAGAUGUUUUUGGAAGUUUCCUGAAGUCUGAGUUCAGCGAGGAGAAUAUUGAGUUCUGGCUGGCUUGUGAAGAUUAUAGAAAAACAGAGUCCGAUCUUUUGCAGAAGAAGGCAGAAAAAAUAUACAAAGCUUUUGUGCAUUCAGAUGCUGCUAAACAAAUCAAUAUUGACUUUCGCACUCGAGAAUCGACAGCCAAGAAGAUUAAAGCUCCAACCUCCACGUGUUUCGAUGAAGCCCAAAAGACCAUCUACACGCUCAUGGAAAAGGACUCCUACCCCAGGUUCCUCAAGUCAAAUAUAUACUUAAAUCUCCUGAAUGACCUUCAAGCUAACAGUCUAAAGUGACCGUUUCCUGGCUGCAGGGAAUCAAAGAUGGUAUCAAGUGCAGAAGGAAUGCGCCUGGAUGGCUCCCUGGGUGAACAACAUGGGCUUUUGGGGCCACUCGACAGUCCAGGGAAAGGACAAAUGACUCAGAAAGGAUUACUGUGGAAGUUAUCCAGGCGCGGGGGUGAAGAAGCACGAGAUGAAAACUGAGAGACAGUAGAAGGAAGGAGACACUGUGGUACUGUCAUAACACACGGCGGAUCUAUGGACCAGAAAAUCAUGCAGAACUGAGAAGGCUGGGUAACUCUAGUCACACAGGAACGGUGAAGAAAGUCUUUAAAACUGAUUAAGGCAUAUGCUAUAAGCCUCAAGGUCAACUGACACUUAUGCUGCGUAUUAUUAUAUAGAGAUUCUCUUGAGCUGCUGAACUCUCUGGAACUUGGACGACUAUUUGAACAAUGUGUGGACUGAAAUCGCCAUUGCUAUUACUGACACCAAGUUUUUCUGGUGUUGUUUUGUUUGUUUGAUUGCUUUGGGCUUGAAAGAGAUGAAGAAGUGAAUAAUGUAUUUAACGUAAGCUAUUGCUCUUAAAACUUAAAAGUCAGAAUAUAUUUGUAAAUUAAAUUAU